AUGCCGGACCGACAGAUGGCGCUGCUGAGAAGGGCUCUCCUCGUCUCUGAGGCACCAAGAAUGUGUUGUGUAAAUAUGGCGGCGCACUGCAGCUCCGUCAUGCGUCUCCGCACUCUGUGCAACCUUGGGAUCAAAACCUUUGAUUUUAGAAGCAGAACCGGUUUGGACUGGACUGGUGUGAGCCUGUACAGGACGCGAGCCGGAACCGCUCACAGCCGUGGAGAAGCCGCCACUGACACGGACGGAGGCCAGUCUGACCUCCUCAUGGAAUUCCCAGAGCCAAAGAAUCUUCUACAUUCAACCCUGUCUAGAUCCCUGGGACAGUCAAAUAUCUCUCGAUAUAUCCAGUACAACUGCACAGACGGAGAUGUUAAGAGGGCGACGGUUACACUGUUCUGGCCUCAGAGGAUCGAAGUAGAGGGAUUCGGGUCCCGGAAACAGGAGGCGGAGCGUCGCGCUGCUGCAGCUGCCUGCCAUAGGCUGAGAGAACUAGGAGUUAUCAGGCCUGGGAACCAGCUUCCAUCUCAGAGGUUAGCCAGGCAGUCUGGGUGGCGUUCGGCCGUUUGGGAGGAUGACGAGGAAGACCCAAGUGUGUGUAAAAGCAGGGAGCUACGCAGAACUAUGAGCAACAGGAUGAGAAGAGCUGCAGGAUACCUGGAAGUGUUGGAAGAAGAUCCGGAGGUCUCAGAGGCGCUCGCCAUCUUCUCAAAGCCAAAGGCACUAUUGGCGAGGGUUGUUCAAGUAGCCACGACAUCAAAUGGCGUCAAUGAGCUGCUGCACUACAGGACAGUAGGAGGGAAGGUAAAGGAGUGCAAACUCACUCUGCGCUGGCCCAAGGAGAUGAGCUUUACCGCCUGUGGCCGUCGCAGACUGGAGGCUGAAACACGAGCAGCAGCGCUCGCCUGCCUCAAACUUAAGGAGCUGGAGCUGCUGGAUGAACAGAAUAACCCUCUCACACAUGCCAAGUACAACCAUGAGGAGGUGAGGGAGGCAGGAGAGCGAGAAAAGAGGCCGUGCCGUGUGGAGAUUCCUGACGAUCUAAAGCACAGGAUUAGAGAUUAUUUAAUACAAUACCCAAUAGAGGAAGAGGUGCAGAAACUGUGCAAAGAACAAGCUGACCAGAGGCAGUCUUCCUUUUCCACUGAAGACCAUGAAGAACAUGAUGAGGAGAAGGAUCCUGUUCUCGAUGCAAUCACCGGCAAGCCGUAUCGCCCUCUGAAUGCGGAGGAGGCUGAGCUUUUGAAUGACAGGCUUCUGAGGCAAUGGGAGAUGGCGGGGCUGGCUCACGGGGCGGAGCUUCCUGUAGACUCUCAUCGUGAACGUCUGGUGGAGGCAGUCGAGGCAUCACAGGUGGUGGUGGUCUCCGGAGAGACAGGGUGCGGGAAGACGACGCGGAUCCCUCGCUUUCUGCUGGAGGGCCGUGUGAGGGGCGGAGCCGGUGCUCACUGUAACAUCCUGGUCACACAGCCGCGCAGGAUCAGUGCUGUAUCGGUGGCUGAGCGCGUCGCCAAUGAGAUGGGACCCCCCCUCAAGCCCUGCGUCGGCUACCAUGUGCGUUUGGAGUCCCGCCCCCCACGGUCCAGUGGUGGCUCGCUCCUCUUCCUCACCGUAGGGGUCCUGCUGAGGAAGUUGCAGUCGAAUCCGUUCCUGCACGGCAUCAGCCAUGUAGUGGUGGAUGAGGUACACGAGCGAGAUGUGAACACCGAUGUGCUGUUGGCCCUGCUGCGUCGCGCACUUACCCACAAUCCUGAGUUGCGUGUGGUGCUCAUGAGUGCCAGCGGAGACACGCAACGUCUUGCCUCCUACUUCAAUGAGUGUCCAGUGAUGCACGUUCCUGGCUUCAUGCACCCUGUGAGACAGAGGUAUCUGGAGGAGGUCCUGAGGGAGAUGGGAAGACCAGUGGGAAAGGCAAACACUCAGAGUGAACAGGAUGAUUUGACCCCUGAGCCGGAUUUUGUGGCAGAUGUGAUCGAUCACAUUCACACUCGUGGAGAGCCAGGUGCAGUGCUGUGUUUCCUGCCUGGCUGGCAGGACAUUAAAGCCGUGCAGCAGAAGUUGGAGGAGAAACCGGCCUUUAAAUCAGGCUCACAGCUCAUCCUACCAUUGCAUUCCAGUAUGUCUGUAGCAGAUCAGCAGGUUGUGUUUAAGCGCCCCCCACAGGGCCAGCGCAAAAUCGUCCUGGCUACCAACAUCGCAGAGACGUCCAUCACCAUUGACGAUAUCGUGCACGUUGUGGACCUGGGCACUCAAAAGGAGCAGAGCUACGAUCCCAGGACCAAGGUCUCGUGUUUGGACACGGUCUGGAUCUCUCGCUCAAACGUCAUUCAGCGACGAGGGAGGGCAGGGCGAUGCCAACCCGGCCACUCCUAUCACUUGUUUCCGCAGAAACAGCUAGAUGCCAUGACCAUGUUUCCUAUCCCAGAGAUUCUGCGCACCCCUCUGGAGAGUCUUGUGGUUCAGGCUAAGAUCCACAGUCCUCGGAGUAAGGCAGUAGACUUCCUGUCCCAGGUGAUGGACUCUCCAGAAUUGGGAGCAGUAAGAGAAGCCGUGAGGACGCUGCAGGAUAUCGGUGUGUUGGACAUGUCAGAGUGUCUGACUCCGCUGGGGGAGCGUGUGGCGUGUAUGUCAUGUGACCCACGCUUAGGGAAGCUCCUGGUUCUGUCCUGUCUUUUCCGUUGUGUCCUGCCCAUGCUGUCUGUAGCAGCGUGUCUGACCCGAGACCCGUUUCACAACAGCCUGCAAAACCGUCCCACAAUCAACAAGGCUAAAGAGGCUCUGAGUGGCUCCAGCUACAGUGAUUAUCUGGUGUUCAAUCGAGCAGUACAGGGUUGGCGAGAGCAGCGAGACAGACACGCACGGCAGGACUAUUUGGACUCGCACAGUCUUUCAGGAGCCAGUCUGCGUUUUAUACAGGGUUUAACACAGCAGUUCAGUGACAAUCUGAUGGAGGCGGAGCUUGUCACACACCCUGCAGAGUGUCUCCGGCCUUCAUCACUUCUCAAUCAGUUCAGCAGGCAGGAGGAGCUUCUCAAAGCCGUGCUGCUGGCAGGGUUUUACCCCAAUCUCAUCCAGGUGAAGAGAGGUGUCGUAAGCAAAGGGGGCAGGUUUCGUCCAAAUGACCUCUGUUACCGCACACAGAGCGGACCUGUGUUACUCCACCGCUCCUCUGUCAACAGGGCUGAGCGAAAGCUUCCCAGUCGCUGGCUCACGUUCUUCUCUGCAGUUAAAUCAAACGGCAGCGUCUUCAUCCGAGACUCCUCUGCAGUCCAUCCUCUGGCCCUCCUCCUCCUCACUGAGUGUAACCUGAUCGAGCAUGUGUAUGGCGAUCAGGUGGAGGUGACCAUGCCGGGCCGUUCUCUCGUACGAUGGGAGCUCUCUGCUCAAAACUGGGAGCUGCUCUGGGCGUUUCGCACCUCUUUGCAGGCCAUGCUUCAUCGUAACCUCCGACCUUUAAUCUCUGACUGUAGACUUGAACAGAACGGCACUCAAGAUGGACAACUCAUCUCUUUAUUGAUAGACCUUCUGAACAGCACAGAGCCGGAUAUCGACACUGCAGGCUCCAGUGACUCAGAAUGACCAAACUUUUUUUUUUUUUCCCCAGCUUCAUUAUAAAAACUCGUUAUAUAUAAAAGAUAUAUAUCUGUAUGUAUUUAAUGGGUACUGGAUAUCCAUAUUUCUAUGGCACUGAUAUAAUAGAAGUAUCUACAGAUCUCGCAAUAAAGCAUAAAGGGAAGUUUGUUCACAA